UCCUAGAAUGCGCUGAUGAAAAAGCGACGUCAGGCGUCGGAGAAAGCGACGCCGACGGAGACACCGACAAUGAGCUCCGGAACAAGGCUUCCACAAAAAUACAGGCCGAUAACAUUCUAUUGAUUUUUCCGAAACGUUCGUUGAACCAAUCACAGAGUUGGGACUAUUUUUAAAGGGUGAGGUUGUUGUUGGGUUUUUCUAAAGCUAGUGUAGCAGCUAGAUGUAACGUGUGUGCGGUUUUUGCGUUUUUGGACGAGCGACAGCUCGGGACGACCGCCGAUGCAGGUGGCAACUCUUUUCCGCGAGUCCUCCACUUUGCUGGGAGCCACCAUGGAGGCGGGCGGAGGCGGCGCCGCCGCCGCCACCGGAGCCCCGGACUCCGGAGUCUCCGCAUUACCACCCGGACCCAUCGCCACCUACGACUACAACAACCACCCGGUGACCUUCUCCAACAAGUACAAGCUAAACAUGAAACUUGAACCCCAUGAUGAUGGUUAUGAAACUAGUGCUGAUAUGUUGCUUUCAAACACUGCCAGUGUUAAUCAUGAAGUGAAAUGUGAAAAACUCGAAGAUCCUUACAGUUUUAUUGACGAUGAUCCUAUUCCGAUGCUUCCUGCUGCUGCACAAGGGCCUCCUCAUCUUGUCAAUCCUAUGCCCCCGCUCAACAACCAACUCAUACCAACAGGACCCAAGAAAAGGGGGCGGAAAAAGAAGAUUAAACCAGAAGAACCGGGCUAUAAUCAAGAUAUGAAUGGUGGGAUUCCUCGGCCUAUAAAGGAGCGAAAAAAGCACGAUCGAUUUAACGGGAUGCCUGAAGAAGAGGUGUCCAAACGAACAUUGCCGGAUCACCUUACCGAAAAUUUAGAUAUAAUCAUUAUUGGGAUAAACCCGGGCUUAUUUGCGGCCUAUAAGGGUCAUCACUAUGCCGGUCCUGGAAACCAUUUUUGGAAAUGUUUAUAUUUAUCAGGAUUAACACAACAGCAAGUAUCAGCUGACGAAGAUUAUAAAUUACUUCAAGUAGGCAUUGGCUUUACAAAUAUGGUACAGCGUGCAACCAAGGGUAGCGCUGAUUUAACUCGUAAGGAAAUUAAAGAGGGUAGUCAAAUAUUAUUAGAAAAAUUACGAAAAUUUCGACCUAAGAUUGCCGUUUUUAACGGCAAGUUGAUCUAUGAAGUCUUCUCCGGAAAAAAGGAUUUCAAGUUCGGACGGCAACCCGACCUCGUCGACGGCACAAACACGUAUAUGUGGGUGAUGCCGUCGUCCAGCGCUCGAUGUGCGCAACUUCCUCGAGCGGCGGAUAAAGUACCGUUUUACGCUGCUUUGAAAAAGUUCCGCGAUUAUUUGAACGGGGUAAUAACCGAAAUCGACGAAUCGGAAAUGGUGUUUUCCGAGCCUCGUGUGAAAUCCUGCUACGAAGCCGAACCAAAACCUGAUCCAUAUUCCACCGAACUCACUGACAUAAGUAAUGCUGUGAUUAAAAAAGAAGACGGUACUAUUGUACCGUGCAAAAAGAAGCGGGGUCGACCUAAAAAAAUCAAAGUCGAAGGCGAAGAGCCGCCCCCGAAACCGGUGGUUCGCAAAUCGCCACCGACCAACUGUGAUUUCCCCAAAAAGAAAAGAGGCCGGCCUAAAAAAGUCAAAGUAGAGAACAUGGAUAUACCCCCACCCGAGAAUAAUACAUCGACCAACAUGUCUCAGUGUUACUCGCAUCCGUCACCGAUCCAAUCCCCGAAUUUCUAUCAAAUGGGGCCCGCCCUCACACCCCCGAACAGUUCGAGUAAUUUGUACGCCCCCCAACCACAAGGCUACGCCCCUAGUCCCCGCCCCCACUCCCAGCCCUUCACCCACUCCGACUUAAGCUCGGAAAUCAGCGCUGCGAUUAGUUCGGAACAGUUGGGAUCGCCGGCCUCCCCUAGUCUGGGCCCCCCUGAUUUCGAGCCCCCUACCAGUAUGGCCGAGGAGGCGGAGUGUCGGCUCAGUAGCCCCGCCCCGUCGACCAAUAGCGAGCAGACCCACUAUCCCUACCACUACAUGGACUCCUCCCACGAAGCGCAAUACGCGUCACCCCGACAGCCCCAGGAUCUGGCCUCGAAGAGUCUCUCGGGUUUGGAGUCUCUCGUCGACCAAAUACCGAGCAUAACCGAAGGGGAGACGCCCCUCAGCGAGGCUCCAGACCAAUAUUCCGGCCAGUUUAAUAAUUACACGUCGAGGGCUAGCCCCGUGCCGUAUAACUACCCCCCAUCCGGGGGAUAUCCCCUCUACCCCACCCCCACUUGGAGUGGCUACGAGCCCAUGCCGCUCGCUUACCCGCAGUUACCCUACGCUCAAGGGUAUGGGCCGGGCUUGCACAUGCCCAGCCCCAACUACCCCUACUAUAGUUACCCGCAACCUGCGCCUGCGCACCCGCCUGGCUACCCUCCCUACUUGGGCGGCUUCUGAUUGGUUUCCGUCACUGUGUAUUCAUGUUGUGUACCUGUACCAUAUGUUCAGCUAGUACCUAGCAAGUCUGUCCGCUUGAGUACAGUUGGUCACUUGCAUUUUGACAACAACAGAGACUUGCACAGGGUAAAUGGUGAUAUUUUUUUGUCAUAAGUAUUUUCUCUAAACUUUGAAUGUUAGAUAGGCCAAGGGUUUCGUGCAUUAUUCUACAUUCAGAUCUCAGUCGAGUGUGUGUGUGUGUUAAACUCUGAGUGUGUGGUUCAUCGUUAUAGCUGUAGCCCAUGUCAUUCAUUUAAAUAAACAUUUGUUAUAGCUC